AUGGCCGGUGACGCUGCUAGCAGUGCUGCUGCAAUAAAAUGUGCCGAUAUAUUGGUAGAUAAAGUAACAAAGGAACUUCAAUAUUUGUGUUGUUACGAGAGAUAUACAGCUGACUUUGAACGGAAAAAAAAAGAUUUGUCAGCUGCAGUGGAGAGUGUGGACGUGAGGAUAAGUGAAGCCAAAAGAAGAAAUGAGACUCAAAUUGAUCCUAUAGUUAACCGCUGGGUCGAAAAAGCCAACGACCUUAUAAAACCGGCAACAAGACCAAAGAAAUGGUUUGGUUUCUGUAAUGAUUGGUUUUCUCAGUGUCUACUCGCGAAGGAAUUAGAGAGCAUGACUAAAGAGAUGGCAGAAAUGAUGGAGAAAGCUGAGAACUUUUCACAAGUUGCACAUGUAGCUGAACGUCCCGGCAUGGAAUUCUAUUCACAAGAGUUUAUGCAUUUCAAGAGUAGAAACUCAGUUUUUGAACAACUCAGGGAGGAGCUGAAAGAUGACAAUAAUUAUAGGAUUGGAUUGCAAGCGAUGGGAGGAUCGGGGAAAACCACAAUGGCAAAAGCAGUUGGGAAGGAAUUUGAAAAUUCAAAGGCAUUUGAUAAAGUUAUCUUUAUUGAAGUGCCCAACCCUGUUGAUGAAAAAAAGAUUCGAGAUGAAAUUGCAAAGAAAUUGGAAUUGAAGUUAGAGAAUGACAAGGAUUUAACAGAACAAAUAUGGAUCCAAAUUGCUGAUGCUGGAAAUGUACUCAUAAUACUUGAUGAUGUCUGGGAAGAGCUCAAACUUGAGAACAUAGGGAUUCACCAUGGCAUUCGUACCCAAGGUCGUUGCUGUGUGUUGCUAACCACACGUUAUGAGACAGUUUGUAGAAGAAUGAGCUGCCAAAAGACCAUUAAACUAGGGGUCUUACUUGAGGAAGAUGCAGUGAAUCUUUUCCUACAUCACGCCACUGAAAGUGGGAAGGAUUGUCCUAAUAAAUUGAAGUUGUUGGCAUCAAAAGUUGUGAAUGAGUGUGGAAACUUACCAGUCAUAGUUGUGGCAGUAGCAAGAACCUUUAGAAACUGGGAUCCAAAUGAAUGGGAGGAUGCUUUUGCAGCAAUAGAAAAAGAUUCGUCCUUAAGGCAUGGGAAUAAUGAUGAAGAAGCAAAAAAGUUUUAUAAUUCUUUGAAAAUAAGCUUCAAGUGUCUAGAUACAAGAGCUCAGGACCUCAUCCUGAUAUGUUCUUUAUUCCCAAGAGCUUAUGAAAUACCUAUAGAGCUUUUAAGCAGAAUUGCUAUAGGUUUAGGGCUUUCUGAAAAUGUUGGCAGCUACUACAAAGCAAGAAGUGAAGUGCUUUCAAUCAAAACCACACUCGUACGUUCUGCUUUAUUGUUGACUGCAAAAGAAGGAUGUGUAAAGAUGCACGAUGUGAUUCGUGAUGUGGUCCAACAUAUAGGAGAUGCAAAGAUUCAAGUAAUCAUGGAUUCUAAAAGUAAAUUGAAGGAGAAUAUAAAAUAUUCAUCCUGGAUGAUAGAUGACUUUUUCAACUCUUUUGAGAGCGACAAUCUUGAGGUUCUUUUAGCAUGGGUAAAUGCAAAUCGUUCUUUGGAAGCUCCUGACACAUUCUUUGGAGGCAUGGAGGGACUUAGAGUUUUGCUUUUGUAUUCCGAGGUUGAGUUUGGGAGAAAAUUGCACUUAUCACUACCAAAAUCAGUUCAUUCACUUGAAAAUAUCCAAACACUAUCCCUAGCAAAUUGGGAGUUGGGUGAUAUAUCUAUUUUGCAAAACCUAAAAAAACUCCAAACUCUUGAGUUGACAAAUUGUUCAAUUAGUGAAUUACCAAAUGAAGUUAGCCAACUGGAGAAACUGAGGUUGCUAGGCUUCAUAGAUUGUUCAAUCGAAAAGAAUAACCCAUUUGAAGUGAUUGGGAGAUGCUCGAAACUUGAAGCAUUGUAUUAUGUUUCAAAUCAUGACACUCUUAAAAUUAAUCCAAAGCCUUCUAAAAUUAUAGAUCUCCAUCAAGAAUUUGGAAUAUAUCAUGUAGAAGGCAACUAUUCCUUCCAGCGUUCUUUUCAAUUGGAUGCUUCAAUAAAGAGAUAUUUCAGUUCAACCAAUUUAGAAGGGAUCUUGUCUGAAAGCACAAUCAAAUCCCUAGUAGCAAGAGCAGAGAUUCUCGAGUUAACAGAAUGUAAUGAAGCAAGAUGGGCAAAUCUCAUUCCUGACAUGGUUCAUCCUAAAGAAAAUGAUGGCAUGAAUGACUUGCUUAGGCUUUCUUUGGAAUCUUGGCCUGCAAUACAAUGCCUCAUCAAUACAAGUGGAAUUCAAUCUAAUGCAACCAUCUUCUCCAACUUAGUUGAGCUGCGACUUUAUAAUAUGCAUGUGAGGGAAUUAUGUCAUGGCCAUCCUCCUAAUGACUUUCUCAAGCAACUAGAGAAGCUAGACUUAAAUGAUUGUGGUGAACUAGAUGGCACAUUAUUGAAGGGCAAGCUAGAGCUAAGUAAUCUAAAGUCUAUAGCAUUAAAUGCUUGUUCAAUGACAUGUCUUUUCCACUUAUCUGCAGCUCAGAGUCUAAGGCAAUUGGAAAAUUUACACAUAGAGGGAUGCUCAAAGUUGAAAUGCCUAAUAAGUGAUGAUGUGAAAUCAAUAGAGCAGGAAGUGGAUGAUCAUCAAGAUCCUAAUCAAAAGAUCCACCACUUGAUGUUCCCGAAAUUGAAGUUUUUCAAGGUUGAAGAAUGUCAUGCAUUGAAAUUUAUAUUUCCAAUUUUUCCUUGCAAAGAGCUAGAAAGUGUGAUAGUCGAUGGUUGUAAUGAGCUAAGAUACAUAUUUGGACAAUGCUUAGAGGAGGGAGGAAUGUAUCAAAUCGAAAAAGAAAUCAUACUCCCCUUACUACAAGAAAUAUAUAUUGCAAACGUACCAAAAUUCGUCAACAUCUAUCCAGAACAUUAUCUCCCACAACCCUCCCAAGUGCAGAAAUCAUGGGACCCUCUAUGCUGUUUAUCUUCAAAAGCAAGUGCCUUAAGUAUAGAUGAACCAUCUUUUUUCAAGGGCAAUCAACUGGGCCAUACUCAGGCAUUAAAGGAGAAACAUCUCGGUAGAGCUGAUGGACUUUUUACACCUCCAUUAUAUCCAUACAAGAAUUUGAGAAAGAUGAGUAUAGAGGGAUUUUCUGGAUUGAAGUCACUUCUUACCCUAUCCAUUGCCUCAUCAUUGAAAUUGUUGGAAGAAUUGACAAUUAGCGAAUGUGGUGAAAUGGAACAUAUAGUAACAGAUGAGGGGCAUGUUUACAAUCAUAUGAAUGAUUGUUAUAUCUUUUCCAACUUAAAGGAGCUUGAAGUCUUCAAUGCUGAAAAGUUGAAAUAUGUGUUUGGAAAAUGUCAUUCCAAUCAGUGGCAUAAUGUUCAUAUCGAACUUAACCUCCUGAAUCUCAAAAGCCUAUGCCUUCAUGAUGUGCCAAAUAUGGUUAGUAUCUGUACCAAAAACUAUUCUGUGAAAGCAUUAUCUCUACAAGAUAUAGAUUUGGAAAACUGCCCACAACUUCUCAUAAAUACUAUUAUGGACUUAUCCGUUGAAGCGCCAAAAAGAGAAGAUCUCUCAAAGAAAAUGGAAAAAGGAAAAAAAGAAUUCACAUGUUUGUAUUUAACCAAGACAUCCAAAGAAAAGCACGUGCCAAGUACAGCUCAAGGAUAUUUUCCACUACCAUUAUAUCAAUCCAAUUUGAGAAAGAUUGAGAUAACUGGAUUUUCCAAGUUAACGUCACUCUUUACCAUAUCCAUUGCCUCGUCACUGAAGUUCUUGGAAACAUUGUAUGUCAAGUGGUGUGACAUGCUGGAACAUAUAAUAACAGACGAGGGGGCUAAUAGUCAGGGUCAUCUGAAUGUGCACUCUAUCUUUCCCAACUUACAGCAAAUUCAUGUUUGGAGCUGUAACAAUUUGGAAUAUGUAUUCCCAGCUUUUUAUUCAAAAGACUUUAGGGAGUUGGGAUCUGUGAGCAUCCAGAAGGCAGAAAAGAUGAAAUACGUAUUUCGAGAAUGUCAUGCUGAUCAGAAUCAUAAUGUUCAGAGUAAACUUAAUCUCCCGGCCUUGAAGACAGUAUACCUUGUAGAUUUACCAAAUAUGGUUAGUAUUUGCACAGAAAACUAUUACGUGGAGGUAUUACAUCUAGAAUAUAUUAGAAUUGAAGGAUGUCUACAGCUUGCCCAAACUUUUAUAGAUUUCUUGGUUGGUGGACACAAAAGACAAGAAGAUAUCUCAAGGAGAAAGGCAUUAUCUUUCAAGGAGAAAGGUAAGGCACUUUCGAACUUGCAAGAGUUACCUGAUUUAAGCGACAUCUACGUGGGAUCUAAAAACUCUUUGAGCUUUAGGAACCUUUCCGGGCUAACAUUGGUAGGAUGCAAACAGUUGAAGUUCAUACUAUCCGCAUCUACCACAAGAAGCAUACCAGAAUUGAGAAGUCUAUUUAUAUCAGACUGUGAAGAGCUGGUGAGCAUGAUUGAGGAUGAUGAAGAGAAUCAGAAACAUCCUUUAGAUUUGCAUCAACCAUGUUUCCCAAAGCUAUGCAGAAUUCGAGCGAAGCACUGUAAGAAGUUGAAAUGCCUAUUCUCUAUCUCCACAUGUGCUAAACUUCCAUGUCUCUUGCUGUUGGAGAUAGAAGAUGCCCCUGAGCUUGCGCAGGUAUUUGAAUGGAAGCAGAGUGCGCCACAAGAGUUGGUCAUCAAAGAUGUGCUUCCAAAUUUACUUGCACUAAGACUGGUAGAAUUACCAAGUCUUCACACUAUCUACCAUGGAAUUGAUUUCCAAACUGUGAAAAUCCGUAUUGUGCAAGAUUGUAACAAUAUCCCUUCAACUAAUGUCGGCUCCUCUGAGAUAUCUAAUUAUGUCAAUUAUUCGUUGACACAAGAAAAGAGGAACUUUGAGGAUGACCAUGACUUCGUCUACACAUGCCAUAUUAUUUACAGCUGGGCCGAUGAGGUUAGUGCUAGACUUCUACUAAUUUUGGUAGAAAUUCAAUAG